UGUCCGGUGUCCCUCCGUCUCCAGCUCCAUUUCCAUUGAGAAUCGAGACAGAGUCGUAUUCAAAGGCGGUGUAAAGGCAAUACAAUUCGUGAAAAGUCCAAUCUUUCUGCUUUUGAAGAGCAAAAAAGAAGGGGAAAAAACCCCAACCAUGGUUGCUGGGUUUCCUGAGCAUUUACAGUCUGCGAAGAGUGAGGAUUGCUGAAUUAGAUACCCAAAGUUCGAGAAUUUCUGGAAAAUGGGCGGCGGCGACGACGACGGUGAUCGGAGUAGGAAUAGGAAUGGGCCGUGGACGCCGCCGGGAAGACCGUAUGAGGCAAAAGAGGAAGACAUCAAGAUUUGGGGGAUUCUGGUGUUUGGUCUAAUUGGCGCCACCGCCACCACUCUCGCCGUUUCUCAGCUCCGUAGGACUGUUGAUUGGGUGUAUACACAGUUGUUCAGAUCACCGUCGACGGGGAGAGGAAGUGGCAGUUCAUUCCGGACAUCUUUUCAGGAGGAAGCAUGGAAAAGAUAUAACCGUCGGAUGCAAGAGGAGUAUGAAGAAGAAAUGGAGAGAGUGGAACGUAUUAGGCGUAUGCAAAAUGUUUUCAAUAGAGAGAGGAACAAACACAAAAGGACCUACGAGAGCUGGAGGGAAAACAGUCAAGGUGGAUAUCAUCAACAAUUCCAGCGAGAGGAUUGGUAUUGGAAGACUGAUACAUCCUUUAAGGACCGGAGGAGUAACUUCAGGGAAACUCCUAGAGAAAAUGCCAACUAUUUGUUAUCACAUCACUACUCAGUUUUAGGCCUUGACAGGUUUAGAAAGGCACCUUACUCGGAUGCUGAGAUUAAGACGGCAUUUAGGACCAAGGCGAAGCAGUUUCACCCCGACCAGAACCAAAACAAUAAAGAGGCUGCUGAAGCAAAGUUUAAAGAGGUAAUGACGUCGUACGAGGCAAUAAAGAAAGAGAGGGGGAACUAAACUGGCUGAUACAGCUGAGAUUUUGGCGAAGUUGAAGCACGCUAAGGUUGUGCGGUAUUCAACUUGGCACUUCUACAUUCCUUUGCAGUACAUUAGUCAACAGAUAAACGUAAUCCCGAGUAGGUUAAUCUUCGCCUUUCGAGAUGGAAUUUGAAAGUUUGUUUCUAAUGUUGUAUCAUACGGGAAUAAUUCGCCAUUUUUUUUUUUGUAUACCGGCAUAAAAAGCAAAGGGGCUAUGUAUUUGGGGAACAUAUUAUGCAUUCAUACUAUAGGGUUUUGUUGUAACAUAAUUUGAUUUUAACAAUUUUCACAUUAUCUAAGGUACUUCAUGUC